UGUGUGUGUAUGUGUGUGUGUGUGUCCGGUGUGGAAAUUAAUGCCGUGAUUAGCCCAUUAUGGGCCUUGAAAUACGGAAGUGGAAGGACAGGGGGAUAGUGUCUGUUCUUUCUGGCAGAACACCUGGGUCCGUUCUGCUUCUCGCGUUGUAUUAUUUAUCUCUUUCGGCUGCCCUUUUGUCACUGGCCACGAGGGAGCGGAAUCAAGGGAUGAACAACCGAAUAUGAAAGAUAUUUCGAGUAUGAAAGAAGAAGAAGACAAAAAAAUCAGACUUCAUACCA